AAUCUUUUAUUUCUGACGAUGAAAGAAAUUUUUACAAUAAUGUAAUUGAUAGUUAUUAGUUGAAUUUUACUAAUUUCAGAUCUUUUUACUCUGUUUGUUUCGUGGUAAAGUGGACUGACUACCGACCUAGUUUUUUAGCAGAAAGAAAUUUCAAUGUUUACAUGAAUAGCAGUAAUAAUAUAUGUAUGUGCACAUACGGCAUUGACUUAGAUUGUGAACAUUCCUGAUUGAUUAAUUAUUACUUGUUCUUGUUUAAUUUGAUCCGUUAUGUCUCAAGGUAUUAACAAGAUCAAUGUCAGAACUUUUUUUAGUUUUUUUAAGAGUUUUAUAGAGAACAGAGCGCGUAAAAAAGCUGCCAAAUUUGGAACUUAUGACAUUGUUACACCAGGAAAUAUAUCAGCAGCAAGAACGGUACCGUCAUACAUUCCAAAGCCAGUGUACGCCGAAACAGGAAGACCAUUAGGACCACCUCAAGAACCAGAGAUUAAAAAUAAAAAUCAAAUAGAAUGUAUGAUUCACAGUUGCUUGUUAGCUAAGAGAAUUUUGCAAGAAAUAAGACCUACUGUCAGAGAAGGUGUUACAACUGAUUUCUUAGACCAAAAGAUUCAUGAAAUCAUAAUUAAUAAUGGAGCAUAUCCAAGUCCAUUGAAUUAUUUAGGAUUUCCCAAAUCAAUUUGUACCAGUGUUAAUAAUGUUGCAUGCCAUGGUGUACCAGAUGAUCGACCAUUGCGAGACGGUGAUACUCUGAAUAUUGAUAUUACAGUAUUCCUAAAUGGUUAUCAUGGUGACUGCUCAGAAAUGUUUGAAGUUGGAAAUGUUGAUGAAGAAGGAAAACAACUAAUUAAAGCUACUCAAACUUGUCUAGAUGCAGCUAUUAAAAUUUGCAAACCAAAUGAAAAGUUUUGUAGCAUAGGUAAUAUUGUUCAAGAAACUGCAAGAAAUCUUGGUUACAAUGUAUUACCUGCUUUUGGAGGUCAUGGUAUUGGUACCUAUUUUCAUGGACCACCAGAAAUAUAUCACUUUGCAAAUAACUAUGAACAAGGAGUAAUGAAACCAGGAAUGACAUUCACAAUUGAGCCAGUUUUAAGCCCUGGAAGUGAAGAAGUUGCUAUAUUAGAAGAUGGUUGGACUGCUGUAACACUAGACAAUGCCAGGACAGCCCAGAUAGAGCAUACAAUAUUAAUAACGGAUCAUGGAUGUGAUAUUUUAACUAGACCAAAGUAA